UUUCUCUAGAAGCAACUAUGGCGGCCCAUAGAUCCAAAGACCAUCUUCUCAGUUGUUGGACCCGACUCUUCGGCUUCGGUCAGUAUUCUCAAUUUUUGCUGCGACUCCUCUCUUCUCCUCCUACUCUUCACCUUCCUCUCAUCAACUGCUUCUGAUGCUCUGCAAACUCAAAUCCCUUCCAUUUCCACGGCGUUUCUGAGGUCUGUUCCUUCUCAUCUCUCAUUCCCAUUUUGAUAUUUUCCCCAUUACACCCGUUGGACAGUUGCAGAACUUUCAAUUUUUCACCAUUUUUGUUCAUCUUCCGUUUCCAAUCUCGAGGUUGAAGUUUCCCCCCUCGAUGCCUUGAGAGCUCCCUGUUUAAGUUCAUUGUGGAUUAAUCUUCUUUGUGCCAUCUAAUUCAUUGUGGAUUCUCUCAAGGGUUUGAAGAAAGCUCAUGCGUUUUGGGGUUCUCAAAAUUUGUGGGGAAACGCACUUCUUUGUUCACGCCAUUGCUGUAAAAUGUUUGAAGAAAGUAUUUGCCGGUUUUAGGGUUUAUGUUCUUCCAGGCAAUUGUUCGUUGUAGUAUUCUGAAGUCUUUCUUGUAAGGAUUCCGGGGUCCUUUGUUUCGGGAACUAAAAGUUUGUUGGAAUUGGAUGUUUGAAGACUGUUAUAAUUUAGGGUAUUUUGGCUGUGGAUUUAGGUUCCGAUCUUGCCAUGGAAAUCUAAGUUAUACAUUCCUUCUUUGAUCAUAAGCCCAGUGUUAUCUUUCUUUUUUGAUUUGAGAUCUACCACUGUGGGCUGAGAAAUUGUGGUCUUAUGUUUCUUGGGCAAUCUUGAUGAACUGGUCAACAUUCAAUAGCUGGUUAAUUUCAUGCAUUAGUUCUUGGGAUGAACGGUUCUGCGUCCUUUGGCCAUUGUCAUGCUCUUGUAAUUAGCAUUUAAGUUGAGUUUAGGUUCUUGUUAAUUGUCUUAGACUGAUUCCGGCCAAAAUGAUGGGACAUGGUAACUGUUUUGUGGAGUGGAAGGAGCAAUUUGUUUCGCAAGAACGGGGAAAUCGCGUGGUUCAUUAUUUUUUGAAGGAUUCUGCUGGAGAGUCCAUUCUUGCAGUUGUGGGGACUGAGAGAAGCGUCAGACACAUGUUUUAUGUUGUUGCAGACGAGUUUUUGAAAGUUCAUGGGAAGGAAAGUUCUGUCCAUGCUGGUUUCAAAUGGAGAUCGAGGAGAGAGGUUGUGGAUUGGCUUACUUCUAUGUUAUCAAAGCAACAUUCUCCUGGGAAUCAUUCUGUUUUUAAUGCAGAGCCUUGUGAAUGUGAUGCAAUACAAACAUUGGGUUCUCUUCAAUUUUCACAUAGUGGAGUAGUUAUUCCACACUCUGGUGUUGCAGAUGAUAAGGUUCGCCCAUCUAGGAAUGCCAAGGGGCUUGCAUCAGAUAUUGUAUGGUCUGGUGCUGCAUGGACUUGUGGUAAAAGACUCAAGCAUUACCCAUCAUUUUGCAGGAACGGGACUUCAAUCAUGGUACAAUCUUUUGUCUAUGUCAUGGCCAAGGGAGCAAAUCACUAUCUUGCCUACCUGGAAGACAUGUAUGAAGAUAGGAGGGGUCAGAAAAAGGUGAAAGUGAGGUGGUUUCAUCAUAGUCAGGAGGUGAAAGGUGUGAUCACAUUACGAAACUCUCACCCGAGAGAAGUUUUCAUCACACCGUAUGUUCAAGCCAUUAGUGUAGAAUGUGUUGAUGGUCCUGCCACAAUCUUAAAUCGUGAACAUUACGAAAAUUGUGUCAAUGCCUUUCCUCAGGAUGCGCUGUCCAAAAUUCAUCUGUGCUACAGGCAGUUCAAAAGCAACCGAUUAAAACCUUUUGACCUCAGCAAAUUGCACGGCUAUUAUGAUCAGCCGGUCCUCGCUUAUUUGAGUCUCAAUGUAUUGUCAAAAUCUGAGCCUAUCUUUGAUGGCUUGAUUGGGGAAGAAGAUGAAGAUUUGGACCUGGAAAAUAUUGCUAGACCAAAAGUGAGAAGGAUGAGAAAUGCUAAAGGUUGUAGAACAUUUGAGUUAGAAAAUGCAAAAGUUAGAAAGUCUGGUAGUCGUCGACAUAUGUUGACUUACAAAUCUUGCCAAGAGCAUAAUUACAGCUUUUUAGGUGGCAGGUUUCUUUCUCAUAAACAUGUUUUGCACGAUUACACCCCAGCAUUUGAGGUUGAUGAGAAGAUAGAAUUACUGUGUCAAGAUAGUGGAAUUCGAGGCUGCUGGUUCCGAUGUACGGUCUUGUAUGCAUCACCAAAACAGAUUAGAGUACAAUAUGAUGAUCUGCAAGAUGAGGAUGGCUAUGGAAACCUUGAGGAAUGGGUCCCUGCUUACAAAGUUGCUCUACCUGAUAUACUUGGCAUGAGGCACCCUGGCCGCCUAAUUACAAGGCCAGUACCACAAGAGCAAAUAGAGCUUGCUCUUGAUAUUGGUGUUGCAGUCGAUGCAUGGUGGAGUGAUGGCUGGUGGGAGGGAGUUGUUACUGGCCUAGAUGAUUCAGGCAAUGAAGAUGUGCAUAUUUACUUUCCAGGUGAAGGCUUAUUCUUGAACAUACAUAGAACCAAUCUCCGAAAAUCGAGAGAUUGGUUCGGGGGUCGCUGGAUUGAUGUUGAGGCGAAGCCCUCAAUACUGUCGACGAUAUCUGAUCUUAAUAGUGCAGACGACAAGCAUUCAAAGUCCGUUUCCCAUGUCGAACCCAACAGUUCGGCUAACGUGAAUGCUGGUACUAAUCUUAGUCAAGUAAAAGAGGAAGUACUUGAGGAAACUGCAUUAGCUAGUCUCGAAAUGCUUCGUGAGUUAAAUGGCGGGAUGAAGCAAGUGUCAUCAGAACUAGAUGACCAGAGUGAGGAUGAUGGAGGAGGUGAUAAUACUACAAAUAGUGAUAGUGAAGAUGAAAAUGAUGAGAAUAGCAAUUGGGUUAAUAAAUCAGAAAUGGAUUCCAUGGAAACUUCUGAACAGAACUGUAGAGAGGAAGAAGCAGAGGAUAUGGAUAUGGAUACGGAAGCUGUAGAUGUUUAGAAAAGUACAGUUUAAGUUUAGUUUAAUAAUUUAGUUGCAGUGUUGGUUUUUCUAAAGCAAUUGCACACUGCUGUGUUUAUUUUAGGCUGUUGUAAAUAGUUGGUUGGUAGGGUGGUGGAGAGGAAGCUAACUUCUUAGAUUGAUUUCUCUUUGGUGUUCUUCCUUCAUAUAAUGUAUAGAAUUGAGGUCAGUUACCAUAUCAGCAGCUGUCUUAAGUCCAGAUUUUUUAGGUUUAGAUGAGUCAAAUCUCCCUCAAGCCUUGUCUCAAUCAUGUAACAAAACUAUCUUUGGCUGGUGGAUUACUUGUUUGUCUUGUUUUUCAAGAACAUAUAAUGUACAUCAAAAUAGAUCAUUCUAAGUUUA